GGGGGUUUAAGAUGUUGACAUCGAUCGAAGGUUUUUGUAACUUGAGACUAAAUAAUUUGGCACAUAAUUAAAUUAUACAAAUUGUAUAAUGCCUAAUAACAGGAAUAUUUUAACGGGACAAAAAUUGUUACAUCUCACGUUGUUAGGCAAGACGAUUCCGUAUUAGUAUCCGCAUGUUAUGUAUGUGCCAAAUUCCCCACGGAACGGAAUAAACAUCAGAACACGAAAUUCAAGCAGUAGGUUUGUGUCGGUCAAAGUUUCAUUCGAAAAGUAAGAUUUCUGCUGGAGCCGUUGUAAAUAAGAACAGACGAAAAAACAAUGUCCAAGGCUCCGGUGAGAUCAGAAGAACAAAUUCCCCAAGCAAUUGAUAAAUGUGUUGCUGACGGGAUCAUUAAAGCAGGUUCUGGAAUCGUUGUUGGAGCAGCUUUGUCACUCAUUCUGUUCAAACGAAGGAUUUGGCCUGUCACAUUAGGCACAGGCAUCGGUGUUGGAAUGGCUUUGGCAAAUUGUCAGUCAAACUUAAACUCUACGGAAGUAGUAAAAAGAAGCUUAAGCAAUAAAUGAGUCAGCUUAUACACACACCACAACAUCAUUCAAUCAUCGUGAAUCGCCAAGCCGGUUCAAUUGUUGACCCGAAAAUAGAACUAUAUAAGUAAUAUAAUGUAGAGUGUGUCAAGAAUUAAUUAAUUCCUAACAGUCGUUUUUGUGUAGUGCAGGAAAUUAAAAUAAGAUUAACUUUUAUGUAUCAGAUUAAAAGUAUGGGGAUAAUGAUGUCCUAGAAGACUAUAUGGAAUGUAAAAAUUAUUAUGCAUCUCGUUGCAUAGGAAGUCAUCACGUGACCUACAAACUGAGAAUAAACUAAAAUUCCGAAACAACGAUAAAUGUAACAACAGGGAAAAUCAAAAACUAAAAUUAAUUCACCAUCAAUUCCUAAUUAAUAAUUAUUCAAUACUUUUAUGAAAAUCUGUCAAGCAAAAUGCAUUUAAUAUAUCCGAUGCACAUAUA